AUUGCCUUUUGAGUUGUUUGUUUCGUGUCCUGCAUAAACAUGACUGUUUCGUAUACCGCUGAAGUAGCUACCUGUCGUUAUUUCGGCUGCUUUUGGAAGCUGCUAGGCAGAUGGCGCGCGAGUAUCUAUAAGAUAAUCUGGGUGGAUCUGUUGGUAUUCCUCUUCAGCUUCUACGCCAUGGCCAUGUUGUACCGCUAUGCGCUGAAUGAAACAGGCAGAGCCACCUUUGAGGACAUCGUAGACUAUUGCCGUAGCUAUGGGGCGCUCAUACCGCUUUCAUUUGUGCUUGGCUUCUAUGUGGCCAUCAUUGUUGAUCGCUGGUGGAGUCAGUAUAUCACGGUGCCUUGGCCAGAUCCCUUGGCUGUCUAUGUUAGCGCUUUAGUGCGUGGUCAGGACGAGCAUGGACGUCUCAUGCGGCGCACUAUAAUGCGUUACGUCUGUCUCUCGCUGACCAUGGUGCUUACCAUGAUUUCACCUGGUAUUAAACGACGCUUUCCCAACUAUGAUUAUAUCGUGGAUGUGGGCAUGUUGACCAAGAAUGAGGCGAGCAUUAUACAGGCGCUGGACGAAAAGUUUCCAAAGACGCCCAAGUACUGGAUGCCUAUUAUGUGGGCUUCCAGCAUUAUGACGCGUGCCCGCAAAGAGGGUCGCAUCUGGGACGAUUUUUCACUCAAGUCCAUGAUUGAUGAGCUUAACAAGUUUCGCGCGGGCUGCAAUAUGCUCAUACAUUAUGAUAUGAUUAGUGUGCCGCUGGUCUACACUCAGGUGGUUACCUUGGCUGUGUACACUUACUUCUUGGCCGCCAUAUUUGGCCACCAGUAUGUGGAGCGGUUGGAUACGACCCAUAAAAAUACUGUCAGCUAUUAUUUUCCGCUUUUUAGCACAUUGGAGUUUUUCUUUUUUAUGGGCUGGCUCAAAGUGGCCGAAACGUUGAUUUGUCCUUUUGGCGAUGACGAUGACGAUUUUGAGCUCAACUGGCUCAUCGAUCGUAACUUGCAGGUGUGCUAUCUCAUAGUCGAUGAGAUGCACAAUGAGCAUCCAGAGCUUGUCAAGGAUCAGUACUGGGAUGACGUUUUUCCACAGGAGUUGCCCUAUGCUGAUGAGUCACAGCGUCAAGCGCCACCAGAAGCCUCGACAGCACGUUUGGACUUGACCAAAAUAACUUCGGCGGCACCGUUAAAGCGCACUACCGAAACAUCCGAGGUUGAUUUCACCAACUUUGGCGAGGAUACCGAAAGGGGGCACGGCGACCAUGAGCUACGUAUUCGCUUUCGUUCACAACGUGUUGUGUCCACUUCCUCAUCAAUAUCCAUGGUGGACCUUAGUACCCCGGGUAAGCGCGAUGAAAUUGAUGAAGGUGAAGAGGGUGAAGAGGGUGAAGAGGAAGAGUAUAUGGACCUUUUGUCAUAUCGUGAUAAGAGCAUGGAUGAUUUUGAUCGCCUGCGCGAGGAGCGUGAGCGCGAACGUGUCGAAAGGCAAAUGCAGCAUGCUGCCAUGACCUAUGAUCUAAUUAAAGGUGAACUAGCUAAUACUGCAGCUUCAGACGGCCCAUCAACGUCAAGCAAACAAAGCAAGGAAACCUCUCAACAAGACACUGAAAUGCAAACUGAAAAAAGUUACAUUGGCUCGAAGAAAUAA